AUGAACCCAUCGGGAACUUCACUUCUUGUACCAUCAGUUCAAGAGUUGGCUAAACAGAAUUUGUCAACUGUUCCUCCGAGAUACGUUCAACCUCAACUUGAAGACAAGAUCCUCAUCUCACAAGAAGCUCAUAGUACCCAUCUGAUUCCAGUUAUUGACUUGCACAACUUGCUUUAUGCACAAUCUGGAACUUCAGAAUUGGAUAAGCUUCACCUUGCUUGCAAAGAUUGGGGAUUCUUCCAGCUGGUAAACCAUGGAGUCAGUCCUUCCUUAGUGGAGAAAGUAAAGUUGGAGAUUAAGGACUUCUUCAACCUUCCCAUGUCAGAAAAGAAAAAGUUCUGGCAGACUCCACAGCAUAUGGAGGGUUUUGGACAAGCAUUUGUUAUGAGUGAAGACCAAAGGCUUGAUUGGGCUGACCUUUACUACAUGACCACUCUUCCAGAACACUCAAGAAUGCCCCAUUUAUUUCCAAAGCUCCCUCUUCCUUUCAGAGACACUCUAGAAGUUUACUCACAGGAAAUGAAAGAUCUGGCCUUGGUUAUUAUUGGUCAUAUGGGAAAAGCUUUGAAGAUAGAAGAAAAGGAAAUACGUGAGUUGUUUGAAGAUGGAAUACAACUGAUGAGGAUGAAUUAUUACCCACCAUGCCCAGAGCCAGAGAAGGUUAUUGGCCUCACUCCUCAUUCAGAUGGAAUUGGACUUACUAUUCUCCUUCAAGUCAAUGAAGUAGAAGGGUUACAGAUAAGGAAAGAUGGCUUGUGGGUUCCUGUUAAACCCUUGCCUAAUGCUUUCAUUGUCAAUGUUGGAGACAUAUUAGAGAACCCCACCACAAGUGAAAUCAAUCACACAGUUCGUGCUUCAAAACCUGCACCAUGGACACGAAACCCUCACCCUAACCCUAUGCAUCCUCCAAGUGUAAUCAGGGUAGUCCUUAAUGCAUUUCAUCAGAGUGUACUAAAUUGCAUCAGAGGCGAGGGACUCGUGGUCGAAAUUGGUAAUAAAGGCAAGGGAGUCAAGGGUGGUAACGAGCUAGGUCCAAUGAGAAAGAAGUUGUCGUUAGAGUCCUAG